GUUGUUCUUAGUGUAGGCUAAAUGUUGUCAUAAAUUGCACUGUUCCAUUUUACAAUAUUAGGCUACUUUGCUAGCUAUAUCACCAAGAGACACCAGAGUCAGACUUGUCUUGACCUGAAAAGAAAAGUUAGAGGCUAGCCAACGUCUAUGGUAACUAACUGAACUAGGCUACAGGCUUAAUAGCGUUGCCACCACCACAAGCUUGAUUGCUGACAAAAUGGAAGAUUAUGGAAGGCUUGCUAUCGUGUUUAUCGUGUACAGUUGUUGUGGAGCUGCCUUUGAAGUGAGAGUCCCCCAGAAACAGGUGGUGGCAGUCCAUGGGUUUCCAGCUGCCAUAUUGGGGUGCACCUUCACGCCUCCUCCCAGCCUACAAGACGUGGUCGUGACUUGGCAGCGAGUAGAGGACUUGAGGGUUGUUCACAGCUUCUAUUACGGAACUGACCAGCUGGGCCGACAAAGUGCCGACUACAAGAGCAGGACAAGCUUGUACCACGAGCAGCUUUCAAGUGGGAAUGCCACUCUAAGGCUGGCACGGGCCGGCCCCCGAGAUACCGGGAACUACCAAUGUAGUGUCAGUACUUCACAGGGAUCAGACAAGGCAGAUGUGCAACUGAGUUAUGCAGCUUUCUUCUCGGAGCCCAGGCUGUCUAUACUGGCCCACAGCUCCAGUUUCACUCUCCAAUAUGAAAGCGAGGGUUAUCCACAACCUGAGGUCCAGUGGAGGGAUGGGUUGGGUCAUAACCUCACACACAAUACCCAAGUGCUUCAGUCAGACGAGGACCCUGGUCUGCUGAAGCUCCAUACCCAAGUGGUGGUCGACAUGGCCAAGGGUUUGAACUGGACUCUCACUGUGGUCAACCAUCCCCUGGGACAGGUCAUCCAGAGACCUGUUAGCUUCAUUUAUGAUGAUCAGAGAAACCUAGUGGACUGCAGCAGAGAGAGGCUUGCUCUGCUAUGUCCAAUUGCAUUUUGUGUAAUUGGCUUAUGUUUACUGUUUUGGGUACGACAGCCACUGUGCUCCAUUUCAAAAUAGCAGGUAAAGUAAAUCAGCAAAGUGCAUGACCGUACGUUAUGGACAUAACUUACAAUCUAUUUCGACUUCACUCAGUCACCACGGUCUUCACCUAUGGAUGACUCAUACCAUUAGGGUCACGAGGAACGGAGGGUUCCACUUUUCUUCUUCAGAAAGCCCUGUAGAGAGUACAGCUGAACCCAGAGGUUCUGGCGCUGCAACACCUGCUACCGUGUCAUUGGAGCCGCUACUUGCCGCUGCAUAUACAACCUGAAUUCCGAAAAAGUUGGGACGCUUUGUAAAAUUAAAAAAAGAAUGCUAUUAUUGACACAUCAUGUCAACCCUAUAUUUAACUGAAAAUAGUUCAAAGACAACAUAUCAACUUUUGAAGGAGAAAAAUGUUAUUGUUUUUUGGAAAAAAAUAUGUUCAUUUUGAAUUGAAUGCCAGUAACACAUUUUAAAAAAGUUGGGAAAGGGGCGUUUUUACCACUGUUGCUUCACCUCUUCUUUUUAAAACAUUCUGCAAAUGUUUAAGAACUGAGUUUUGCAAAUGAAAUGUGGUCCCAUUCCUGCCUGGUAUAGGAUUUCAGCUGCUCUAGAGUCUGGGGACUUCUUAAUCAUAUUUUUUAUUCCAUGACCCCCCCUUGGACUCUUCCUCUAUGGGGAAAUGCUUUUGAAAUAUGUUUAGAAUUGUUUUUGGCAUUUCUUUCCUGAAAUAUUCAAGGUCUUCCCUGAAAAAGACAUUGUCUGGAUGACAGUAUUUGUUACAUCAUUCAGAAUUGAUUGUGCCUUGCCAGAUGUGCAAAAUGCCCAUGCCAUAGGCACUAAUGCGCCUCCACACUGCCAUGGAUGCUGGGUUUUGAACUGAGCACUAUUACAAGAUGGAUAUUUUGGAUAGUUGAAUAGUCCCUCUCCUCUUUAGCCCAGAGGAGUUCAAGAUUUCCAAAAAGAAUUUCACAUUUUGAUUGGACUUGACAGGACCUUUUUCUACUUCACCUCAGCCCAUUUUAAAUGAGCUCAGAAUAAGAUGGUAGAAUUUAUGCAUCAUGUGUAAAUAAAAUGUCUUCUUUGCAUGGUAGAAUUAACACUAGCAUUUGAAAUAGUCCAAUUUCUCGCCUUAAGCAGUUGAUAUGUUCUCUUUGGACUAUUCUCAAUUAAAUAUAAGGUUGACAUGAUUUGUAAAUCAUAGCAUUCUUUUUUUUUACGUUUUACAAGGCAUCCCAACUUUUUCCGAAUUCGGCUUGUAUCUUAAUAGUGCUGGAUGCUCUCCCUGCAUCCAAGAGUGACUGGAGGAAACGCAGAA